AUGUCGGUUGCCGCCGCGUGUGUCUUGUCUCCGCAAGAGCAGCUGCAGUUGCAGCCGCCGGUGAAGGCGAUGCGCAGAGGCAGCCGGCCGAGCCCAGAAGGGGGGGAAGAGGAGGAGCCGCCGGAGCAGCCCGCGUGGGACCGGGAAAUGACGUUUUGCGGCGAGCGGCGCAGGCGGGAACCGCAGCCACAGCGGCGACAACCCGCGGCGGCCGCAGGAACAGCGGGGGAAGAGGAGAGGCUGGAGAGGGAGCACUUCCGGAGAAUCGUCAACGCCUUCCGUUACUAUGGAACGAAUAUGCAUGAAAGAGUGAACCGUACAGAAAAACAUUUCAGAUCCCUUCCAGUCAGUCAACAGAAAUUGCUUCCUCAGUUCCUUGUUCACCUUGAAAAAAUUCGCAAAUGUAUUGACCACAAUCAAGAGAUCUUGCAGACAAUUGUGAAUGAUUGUACACAUAUGUUUGAAAACAAAGAAUAUGGUGAUGAUGGAAAUGAAAAAAUUUCACCAGCCUCAACCUUUGACAUGGAUAAAUUAAAGUCUACUCUGAAACAGUUUGUAAGAGACUGGAGUGAAACUGGGAAGUCUGAGAGAGAUUCCUGCUAUCAGCCAAUCAUUAAUGAAAUUGUAAAGAACUUCCCAAAAGACAGCUGGGACCUCUCCAAAGUUAAUGUUCUUGUACCUGGUGCUGGGCUAGGUAGAUUGGCCUGGGAGAUAGCUAUGCUCGGUUAUACUUGCCAAGGAAAUGAAUGGAGCCUCUUUAUGCUCUUUUCUUCUAACUUUGUUCUCAACAGAUGCUGUGAAACAAAUUCAUAUAAACUAUAUCCCUGGAUUCAUCAGUUUAGCAAUAACAAGAGAUCAGCUGAUCAAAUACAACCCAUUUAUUUUCCUGAUGUUGAUCCUCACAGUCUUCCUUCUGGAGCAAAUUUUUCUAUGACAGCAGGAGAUUUUCAAGAAAUCUACUGUGAGAGUAACAUAUGGGACUGCAUAGCAACCUGCUUCUUCAUAGACACGGCACAUAAUGUUAUAGAUUACAUUGAUACAAUAUGGAAAAUACUCAAGCCGGGAGGAAUUUGGAUCAAUUUAGGUCCUCUUCUUUACCAUUUUGAAAACUUAGCAAAUGAAUUAUCUAUUGAGCUGAGUUACGAGGACAUAAAAAAUGUUAUAAUACAAUAUGGAUUCCACAUAGAGGUGGAGAAUGAAUCUGUUAUGACAACUUAUACUGUGAAUGAGCUGUCCAUGAUGAAAUAUUAUUAUGAAUGUGUGAUGUUCGUUGUUAGGAAACCAGAAAGCAGUAUAUGAAACAUGUCAUCCAGGGAAAUGCUGGCUU